AUGGACCCUGUCGUUACGGGUGCAGUGCUCAAACACCAGUGUGGAGCUGGGAGUAAAAAUCCCAGUCCUUUGAUGCAAUGGGGUGAUGGCGAUGCUCUCCUGCUGCAGCCUUGCGGUGACAAAGCCUUCGCGCAGUUCCUGACGGAUGAGAUCAAGGAGGAGAAGAAGAUCCAGAAACACAAAUCUCUGCCCAAGGUCUCCGGGGGGUGGGAGCUGGAAGUGCACGGCACGGAGGCCAAGCUGGUGCGGAAGAUAGCGGGCGAGAAGAUAACGGUCACAUUCAACAUCAAUAACAGCAUUCCACCCUCAGCUGAGGAUGAAACACAAGAAGAGCAGAAACCUGAUGAGCAGGAGCCUGAUCUUACAUCAACUCCAAACUUUGUUGUGGAAGUAAUAAAAGAUGAUACAAAACAGACCCUUGUUCUUGACUGCCAUUAUCCCGAAGAUGAGGUUGGACAUGAGGGAGAGGAAGAAAGUGAUAUUUUUACAAUUCGGGAGGUCAGUUUUCAGCCCACUGGAGAAUCAGAUUGGAAGGACACCAACUACACCCUCAACACGGAUUCCCUUGACUGGGCUCUGUACGAUCACUUAAUGGAUUUCCUGGCUGAUCGAGGAGUGGACAACACGUUUGCCGAUGAGUUAAUAGAGCUCAGCACCGCAUUGGAGCACCAGGAGUACAUUAAAUUCCUUGAAGACCUUAAAAGCUUUGUCAAAUGUCAGUAGGUCAGGCUAGGAAACUUGUCUUCAAGUGUGGGUAUUCCACAGCACUGCUCUAGCCAGCAAUACCCAAAUAUAUCUUCACAACAGAUACGGAGAGUAAGCAACUUACUUUGAAUUUGGAGAAUGGGAGAAUGAGGAUUCUUACUUGUAUUUGGGGACAUGUAUUUAUGUUGCAGCCCAGAUCAAGUUCUCUGACAUUAUGGUCCAGAAUUGCCUCGCCCUACUUGGCGGGUUUUGUACAAUUAAGGAUGAAUGUGAAGAAUAAAAUAUGUUCAACAUA